AUGGACUCGUCGGUCAUCGAAGACUCCGCCAGAUGCCCCAUCCUUGUCACCGGCGGGUGCGGCUUUCUUGGCUCCCACAUCGUCGACGCCUUGGUCGCCCAGCACUUCGUGGUCGUCGCCGCUAGCCGCAAUCCAACGAAGUAUCGCAAUACAGGUGCGAACUAUGUGGUUUGCGACUUGACCAACGCUCAAGCUAUUGUAACCCUUAUCAACGACGUCAAGCCCAUGGCCAUCAUUCACACUGUCACCGCAGGGCCUAUGAGCCCGUGGUCGGCGCAAAGGAAGGAUCUCGAGGCAACUAAGAAUCUGCUCAACCUAGCGCGGAAUACUGACACAGUGAAAGCAUUCGUCUAUUCGAGCUCGGCCGAAGCAGUCGCAAACACGUCGGGAUCAUGCAGAACACCAUUGACGGAAGAAGAUGCGAUACUGCACUCCCUCGAAUCUGCUCCCACGGGAUACAGCAAAGCAAAAGCUGCCUCUGAGAAACUCGUUCUGCAGUCGAACACUAGUGGAACGGAUAGGACGAACGAUGAUUCUAGCAAAGACCUGCAUGGAUCCCUACUUACGUCCGUACUGCGUAUGCCUGGGAUUUAUGGCCCCCGCGACAGUAGCAUCGCGCCGGGGUUGCUCAAGGGAACCAACACUUUCAUCACGAGGUUCCAGCUGGGGGACAACAAACCCUUGCAUGAGUGGAUCUACGUGGAGAGUGCUGCACAUGCGCAUGUCCUAGCCACAAAAGCACUACUCAACACGGCACGGAGCGAUGAGAAACGCGUGGACGGCGAGGCCUUCUUCAUCACCGACGGUGAGCCAGUAAGGUUCUGGGAUUUCGCAAGCCUACUGUCAUCCCUUGGUGGCCUCUGGUCGCUCUAG